UCUUCGACCUUCAAAUAUAAUUAGCUGGUUUUUCCAGCAGCUUUAAGCCCGUCUUAUCCUUGUACGCGAGCACACAAUGUCAAGCGUUCGAAAGAAGCAAGAGUACUAUGACAAUGUCUACUACGACACUGACGAUGAAGACGAUCAACGUAAAGCACGAUUCAGUUUCCUUUGACGGGACGAUUUGUGAUCGAGUAUAUAAACUGAUCGUGGUUUCUUCUCAAUAGCCAAAGAGGUGCCCACAAAUGACGAUCUAUUGUAUGAUCCGCAAAUGGAUGAUCGGGACGAAACAUGGGUGAUCAAUCAAAUACAGAAGGCAGCACCACCCGGUAAAAAACGUAAAGAAGCGCAUACAGACGCAAUUCUCACAUGUCCAUUAUGCUUUACGCCUCUGUGCUACAACUGUCAACGACACGAGAAAUAUCCCAACCAAUAUAGAGCCAUGUUUGUCACCAAUUGCCGUGUCGUGAAAUCAGAGCGGUAUCGAUACGAUGACCAUCGAGGGAAGCAGGAAAAGAAGGGGAAGAAGGAGGAUGCAGAUGAUCAAGGGCAAGAUGAAGGAUAUUACGUAGUAAAGUGCGGCACGUGUGACACACACGUUGCCAUGAUGGACGAGGAUGAAGUUUACCAUUUUUUCAAUACCAUAGCAACAUAGCUUAGAGACAAGGGUAAUGUACCUAUUUACUGCUGCUUAUUAUUUCCUCGGGGUGGUGAAGAUGAACCCCCUUGCUAGUAAUAACUUUGUAUAAUAAUGGAGAUUGGAGAGGUUGGUCUUGUCACUACUACUGUUGCAUCCAACAAGCAAAUUACUGCCGCCUGUGGCUGAAGCAUAACGAGAUGACGGUACACCAUCAGUGAUAUGCGCGCGCCUUGACCAUGCGCCUGGUUUUUUAAAGAGUGCACAUAAUGCUGAGUUGAGCGGGUCCAAACUAACCCCCAUGAAAAGCGCUGCGAGGAAGAGCAUGAUAACGUGUGUGCGUGAUUAUAUCUUGCGUAAAAACACGGGCCGCGGCGGGGUUUGAUGGUAAUACACAACUUUCUGAAUUCCCUUCUUGGCUUUUUCC